AUGACGUUUGAUAAAACAUGGCAAAUUAGCGCCUCUGGGUCGAAUCGGUUUUCUGGAAAUUUUGCCGGCGACGGGGUCCAGAAUUCCAGAUCCCGAGUUGGGGGCACUCAUACACUGCCUACUAGAGGGAAUUCUCCUCUUCGUGGUACGGCGGCGAAUGAAGCGUUGAUUGACACUGGCCGGUCAAAGUUUGAGAGACUGAGUCUACUAGGUAGCAUGUACCACCUUAGCUGGGACGCCCGUCCCCAAACUCUACAUAUCAUCCAUCGCCUGUGUGAUACUGUAAAGUGGCUCAUGUAUUUCGAAUUCAGCCCCCUAGCAUCCUUCAGCCGUCAUCUUGCAUUGAUGCUGUUGUCUGCCCGGAAUUGGGCGCGAGUUCGGAAGGUACACAAAGCUAAAAGUAUGUAG